CAGACAAUUAACCAAGAACGGCACCAUCCUUUGUCUAAAUUCUCGCGCUCUCCUUCUUCGUUUUAUAUGCUAUUUUACAACUUUUUAUAUCCCUUUCUCGUAUUUUUGAUAGAAUUUUUUCACAUGAUCAAAACCAUCGAGUUUGUCGCAGUUUCAGCCUCCCGGAGAUUGGCGAGAAGCCGAAAACUGAUUAAUAUAAGAGGUCAUCGCGUGAUCGGAAAAAAAGUCUCCAUCGUUAAAAAUCAUCAAUGUCAGUCAUAGCUUCCUGGUUAGAUUUAUUUACCUCACUCAGGUAUCUUCAUUCUGACAGCAACAAUUUCUGCCGAAUUAUUUAACACCGUCACGAAUCGACAAACAAAUUUGAGCGUCACUGCGUCAGCAGUGAGAAUUUUCUGGGAAUAUUGGAAGGACAUUUUAAUUGGAAUAGUUGAUGUAACUGAAAACGAGAUACCACAUCGCGGUCUUUUACGAGUCAGUAUUCACGGCCAUUCUAUGUUUCGGAUAGUCGACCCAUCUCCUAGUUUCAGGCAGAACACCAGCGAGUGGAUCUAUAAGAUGUUAUUCCUCUGGUCAAGAGAGGGACCAAUUCCGAAUCCCAGAGCCGGUCCAUGGUUCGCCUGGUUCGCGACGGCCGUUCUUUUGUGGCAAUUUCGACGUCGCAUCACCGGGGCAAUUCUGGCGGUUUCGCCGCUAAGGUUAUUAAGAAGAAGACGCAACGCCGGUUUGGCGAUCAAUCAGAAAAUAAUAUUGAAGCAACAAAAACGACACAGCCUGAUGCAAUUACACAAGCACAAGGCCAUUGGUAUACGACGAGCGAAACGUCUGUACACCGGCGAUGGUCCGCAUAUGUCCGACAUGUCAAUGAUUCAAGCCGCACCGCAGAUCCAUUAUAGGGUCACUAGAAGCGGUAGGAUUUACGGCAAAUACCCGAAGACCGCUAUACCAAAUGGCGGCAUUCAAGGAAGCCACUGACGCCGCAUUAGGAUUAUCGAGCUCCCAACCACUGUCCUUGUCCCCUUGUACAAAUCUCGUGAUCGGUCGUGAUCGUCGUUGAUGUAAUUUCAUAUCCUCUAAAAUAGUCGCGAAUAUGAUAUAUUUUCAUAUCUUUCUCUCGUGACAUAAAUUCCUUUUAUAAGAGACGUGCUGUUCUUUUAACUUUUACGGACGAUUUCG